AUGUGGCCGAGCUGGGGGCCGGCGUUGCUCAUCCUGGGAACAGUGGUCCUUCUGCAGGGUCUUCAAGCAGCCCAGCGGGCCUGCGGGCAGCGUGGCCCUGGGCCCCCUGAGCCUCGGGAGGGCAACACAGAAGCAGGUGAGUGGCCGUGGCAGGCCAGUGUGAGGAGGCUGGGAGUCCACAUCUGCAGCGGCUCGCUGGUGGCCGACACCUGGGUCCUCACCGCAGCUCACUGCUUUGAGGAAGAAGCAGAGACAGACCUGAGCUCCUGGUCGGUGGUCCUAGGCUCCCUGUGUCGGGAGGGGCUGAACCCCAAUGCUGAGGAGGUGGCCGUGGCUGCCCUGCGGCUGCCUGGAGCCUACCACCACUAUAGCCAGGGCUCAGACCUGGCCCUGCUCCAGCUCGCCCACCCUACAGCACACAUGCCUGUCUGCCUGCCUCAACCUGACCAUCGCUUCCCCUUUGGAGCCUCUUGCUGGGCCACUGGCUGGGACCAGGACACCAGGGACGCUCCCAGAACGCUCCGGAACCUGCACCUGCGCCUCAUCAGCCGCCCCACAUGCAACUGUCUGUACAACCGAUUGCACCAGCGGCUGCUGGCCAGCCCGGCCCGGCCCGGGAUGCUGUGUGCGGGUGCCCAGCCCGGGGUGCAGGGGCCCUGUCAGGGAGACUCUGGGGGUCCCGUGAUGUGUCGUGAACCUGCCGGACACUGGGUUCAGGUUGGGAUCAUCAGCUUUGCGUCCAAAUGUGCCCAGGAGGACACUCCCGUGCUGCUGACUGACUUGGCCGCUCACAGUCCCUGGCUCCAGGCUCAAGCCCAGGGGGCGGUGUUCCCAGCCCAGAGCCCAGGAACCCCAGAGACCAGCGAUGAGAAUAGCUGCGUGGCCUGUGGAUCCUUGAAGGGCGAUGGUCCCCAGGCAGGAGGACCCUCUCCAUGGCCCUGGGACGCCAGGCUGAGAUACCGGGGCCAGCUGGUCUGUGGCGGAGCCCUGGUGGCAGAGGACGUGGUGCUGACAGCUGCCCACUGCUUCAUUGGGCGCCAGGCCCCAGAGGAAUGGAGUAUAGGGCUGGGGGCCGGCCCAGAGGAGCAGGGCCUGAAGCAGCUCAUCCUGCAUGGGGCUUAUACUCAUCCGGAGGGGGGCUACGACGUGGCCUUCCUGCUAUUGGCCCAGCCAGUGACACUGGGGCCCCACCUGCGGCCCCUCUGCCUACCCUAUGCUGAUCACCAGCUGCCUGAUGGAAAACGUGGCUGGGUCUUAGGGCUGCCCAGCCCAGGAGCAGGUACCAGCUCCCCUUGGACAGUGCCUGUGACCCUUCUAGGGCCAAGGGCAUGCAGCCGACUUCACACAAGCCCUGGGAACAGUGGCACCCCCAUCCAGUCGGGGAUGGUGUGUACCAGUGCUAUAGAUGAGCCGCCCCACUGUGAGGGCCUGUCCGGGACACCCCUGGUACACGAGGUGAGAGGCACAUGGUUCCUGGCUGGGCUACACAGCUUUGGAGACAUCUGUGAGGGCCAUGCCAGGCCUGCCGUCUUCACCGCGCUCCCCAACUACGAGGACUGGGUCAGCAGUCUGCAGUGGCAGGUGUACUUUGCCGAGGAGCCCAAGCCCGAGCCGGAGGGUACAGCUGGCAGCUGCCCAGCAAACUCAAGUCAGCCGGCCAGCUGUUGACAGGUGACCCCAGGACACAUCCCCAGCCCCACCCGCAUGCGGAUCCAGGUCCUGGGCA